UGAUGGAGUACUCUCCAAAGCUAGCUGCAGCACUGCUCUUAGCCCUCACGUCCGCCAUGAUCGUCACCGCCCAGAAUGACGACGCUGACUACAUGGUGAAUGCCCACAACGAAGUGCGCGCCGCCAUCGGUGUGGGGCCGGUGACGUGGGACCCCAUAGUGGCGGCGUACGCGCAGUCAUUCGCGGAGAAGCGCCGCGCCGACUGCCAGCCAAUACUCUCUCCGGAGGGCGGUCCAUACGGAGAGAACAUCUUUCGGGCCCCUGGUACCGAAUGGAAUGCGAUAGACGCAGUGAUUUAUUGGGCGUCCGGGAAGCAGUACUACGACCACGCCACCAACACUUGCUCCGCACCUACGGGUGAGUCGUGCGAUGAAUACUUGAAUUUGGUGUGGAGGGACACGAAGACCAUCGGUUGCGGCGCUGUCGUCUGUGACGGCAAUGCCGGUGUGUUUGUCAUUUGCAGCUACAGCCCGCCGCACAUGGUUGGGCAGAUUCCAUACUAG